AUGCAGAUUGGUGAUGGCGUUGAAGGCGUGAUUGUUGGCGGCACGACUGGUGAAGGUCAAUUGAUGAGCUGGGAUGAGCACAUAAUGCUGAUUGGUCAUACAGUCAAUUGUUUCGGCAGUUCAAUCAAGGUGAUUGGCAACACCGGGAGUAACUCUACAAGAGAAGCAAUCCAUGCAACUGAGCAAGGCUUCGCAGUUGGGAUGCAUGCUGCUCUUCACAUUAAUCCUUACUAUGGCAAGACUUCUGUGGAGGGCAUGGUCUCGCACUUUGAGCACGUGUUACCAAUGGGUCCGACAAUCAUUUACAACGUGCCAUCCAGGACCGGCCAGGACAUUCCGCCUGGGGUGAUUCACACGCUAGCGCAAAGUCCUAAUCUUGCCGGGGUGAAGGAAUGUGUUGGCCAUGCAAGGGUUGUGCAGUAUACUGAGAAUGGGGUCGUGGUGUGGAGCGGGAAUGAUGACGAGUGCCAUGAUUCGAGGUGGGAUCAUGGUGCUACUGGAGUGAUCUCUGUUGCUAGCAACCUGGUUCCUGGUUUGAUGCAUCUGCUCAUGUUUGGAGGGAAGAACCCUUCCCUGAAUUCAAAGCUGUUGCCUUUGAUUGAUUGGUUGUUCAAGGAACCUAACCCCAUUGGAUUGAACACUGCUCUUGCACAGCUCGGGGUUGUGAGGCCGGUUUUCAGACUGCCGUAUGUGCCCCUCCCUCGCCCUAAGCGGGUCGAGUUUGUGAAUUUGGUGAAGGAGAUUGGGCGGGAGCAUUUUGUUGGGGAGAAAGAUGUUCAAGUUCUUGAUGAUGAUGAGUUCAUAUUGAUUGGUCGUUAUUAG